CAGUCACCCUUCAGGGUUUUUUAUGGGGAGGCGGUGCCUGCCCUAACGUAGUGUGAUAUUUUCACUGUCCGCUGGCCGAUGCCAGAGGGGCUGGGGAGGAAGAGACAAAAAGUAUUUUCCCCCUCCCCUCUUCGUCUCCUUUUCCUCGCUAAUCCCGCCUCCUCCUCCGAGUUAGGAAGACUCGUUGAUGCGUUUGGGUUUAGCAAGGCUUUUUCCUUCUUUUUUUUUUUUUUUUUUUUUUUUUAAUACCUAGGAAAGGAAAAACAGGAACCCUCGGAUCUGAUUUUUCGCUCCUCGUUCUUGUUCUUGGUUCUUACUGUGUUCGUGUAUUUUAACGGCGAGAAGAGGGGAACAAAACCCCCAGGAUCCAUCCGUCUCUGUGGGUGGUUUUAAUUUUUCGUUUCUCUCUUAAUUUUUUUUAAACAACCACUCUUUCACAAUGAACAAACUGUAUAUUGGAAACCUCAGCGAGAACGCCGUCCCCUCGGACCUGGAAAGUAUCUUCAAGGACGCCAAGAUCCCAGUGUCGGGACCGUUCCUGGUGAAGACUGGCUACGCGUUCGUGGACUGUCCGGACGAGAGCUGGGCCCUCAAGGCCAUCGAGGCGUUUUCAGGUAAAGUGGAACUGCACGGGAAACUAAUAGAAGUUGAGCACUCGGUCCCCAAAAGGCAGAGGAUUCGGAAACUUCAGAUACGAAAUAUCCCGCCUCACUUACAGUGGGAGGUGCUGGAUGGUUUACUAGUCCAGUAUGGAGUGGUGGAAAGCUGUGAGCAAGUGAACACUGACUUGGAAACCGCAGUCGUAAAUGUAACCUAUUCCAGUAAGGAGCAAGCUAGACAAGCUUUAGACAAACUGAAUGGAUACCAGCUGGAGAGCUUCACGUUGAAAGUGGCCUACAUCCCUGACGAGAUGGCCGCCCAGCACAACCCCUCGCAGCAGCCCCGGGGGCGCCGUGGGUUUGCGCAGAGGGGCUCAUCGAGGCAGGGGUCUCCAGGAUCAGGGGCCAAGCAGAAACCAUGUGACUUGCCUCUACGCCUACUGGUUCCCACCCAAUUUGUUGGAGCCAUUAUAGGAAAAGAAGGUGCCACCAUUCGGAACAUUACCAAACAGACCCAGUCUAAAAUUGAUGUCCAUCGUAAGGAGAAUGCAGGUGCUGCUGAGAAGUCGAUAACUAUUCUGUCCACCCCCGAGGGCACCUCUGCGGCUUGUAAAUCAAUUUUGGAGAUUAUGCAUAAAGAAGCUCAAGAUAUAAAAUUCACAGAAGAGAUUCCCUUGAAGAUUUUAGCCCAUAAUAACUUUGUAGGACGUCUUAUUGGUAAGGAAGGAAGAAACCUUAAAAAAAUUGAGCAAGACACAGAUACUAAAAUCACAAUAUCUCCAUUGCAGGAACUGACACUGUACAAUCCAGAGCGCACCAUUACAGUCAAAGGCAAUGUGGAAACAUGUGCCAAAGCGGAGGAAGAGAUCAUGAAGAAAAUCAGGGAGUCUUAUGAAAAUGAUAUUGCUUCUAUGAAUCUUCAAGCACAUUUAAUUCCUGGAUUAAAUCUGAAUGCCUUGGGUCUGUUCCCACCCACUUCAGGGAUGCCACCUCCCACCUCAGGGCCCCCUUCAGCUAUGACUCCUCCUUACCCACAGUUUGAGCAGUCAGAGACGGAGACGGUUCACCUGUUUAUCCCAGCCCUCUCUGUGGGUGCCAUCAUCGGCAAGCAGGGGCAGCAUAUCAAACAGCUUUCCCGCUUUGCAGGCGCUUCUAUUAAGAUUGCCCCAGCUGAAGCGCCAGAUGCCAAAGUGAGGAUGGUGAUUAUCACCGGGCCACCAGAGGCUCAGUUCAAGGCUCAGGGAAGAAUUUAUGGAAAAAUUAAAGAAGAAAACUUUGUUAGUCCUAAAGAAGAGGUGAAACUUGAAGCUCACAUCAGAGUGCCAUCCUUUGCUGCUGGCAGAGUUAUUGGAAAAGGAGGCAAAACGGUGAAUGAGCUCCAGAAUCUGUCAAGUGCAGAAGUUGUUGUCCCUCGUGACCAGACACCUGAUGAGAAUGACCAAGUAGUCGUCAAAAUAACUGGUCACUUCUAUGCUUGCCAGGUUGCUCAGAGGAAAAUUCAGGAAAUUCUGACUCAGGUAAAGCAGCAUCAACAGCAGAAAGCUCUGCAAAGUGGACCACCUCAGUCAAGACGGAAGUGAAGGCUCAGGAAACAGCCCACCACAGAGGCAGAUGCCAAACCAAAGACAGAUUGCUUAACCAACAGAUGGGCGCUGAACCCCUAUCCAGAAUCACAUGCACAAGUUUUUACCUAGCCAGUUGUUUCUGAGGACCAGGCAACUUUCAAGCUCCUGUCUCUGUGAGAAUGUAUACUUUAUGCUCUCUGAAAUGUAUGACACCCAGCUUUAAAAAAAAAAGGGGGGGGGGGAAAGGGAGGGAAAAAGAGGAGCUAUGCACUUCCCUUUUGUUGUUUUCUCAAUAUAACAAAUAUCCUAAUUUUUCUUAAUUUUCAUCCCCCCCAUGAUGCCAGAAAUUGGCUUAAUGGUGCAUUAACUAAAUUCACCCAGAAAAUAAAUAAAAAUAGACUGCUUCUAAGUCCAGUUGUUAAAAUUGGAUCAGAAUAGAGUUAUUACAGGAAUGUAAAUGUUAAGCUAUUAGCCUAGAAAAACUGUUCUCAGUUUUAUUUUUAUCUAAAAACACUAACACGAAUAACCUAAGGGAAGUGCUGAACGGUGUUGGCAGGGGUAUUAAACGUGCAUUUUUACUCAACUACCUCAGGUAUCAGUAAUGCAAAAUUGUUUUGUUUUUUUCUGAAAAGUUUAUAUACUUUAUAAAGAUAAGUCCAAUUGUUUUUUUAAAAAUAAAAUUUAAUUAGCUAACAGGCAAAUAAAAAAAUUUACUUCUGGCUGGUGACAGUAAAGCUGGAAAUUUCAGGUUUUUUGAGGCUUUUGACAAAGUUACUAGUUGCAAAAUCCAGUACGUGUUCAGUGAUAUGGAGCAGUGCCUAUAUUUGGAGAGCAGCAAUACUGUUUAUUUCUUUGUUCAUGGUAGGAAAGUUUUUGAUGGUACUAACAGAGCAAAGUGGUUGCAGGAGGUUUGGGAAUGGCUAGUUUUAAAUGGCUUCAGGAGACUUCAGUUUUUUUGUUUGGCUACGUGACUGAAUGCAUAAAUGCUUUAUGCUUUUGACUAUCACUACCUAAAGAAGGUGUACCUAUGAAGAGAUGCAGCCCCUGUGGACUUGAAACUGAUUGGCAAGACGAAAGCUUCGGCUUGCCUUACAGGAUGCUUGGUUUGCCAAUACACUUGAGACCAGGUGGUCUACGCUUGGAGGAGACCCCCAAAAGAAUUGCUUUGUGAAGACCAAUGGGGGCAGUCAAAUGGUGUGACAGUGUUACAAGGCAAUAAAAAGGCUACAUCUCCAUGUGCCACCAGGCACUGUCAUGAGCCUCACUAAGCUAUUUUGAAGAUUUUUAAGCAAUGAUAAGAAAGAUAAAAGGCCACUAAAAUAUUACAUAAAAUGCAGCAGGAUUUCUGUAUUCUCUGCAAUCAGCUACUUGAAAAUAAGUCAAAAGGUAGAAAAAUACAAAAAGCAACUUUUAGAAUAUAAUUUGAAUGACUGUGAUAAAAUAUUUGACCUUUGACACUGAACUCAUUUGUCCAUUCCUUAACUUGAUGGCAAAGCCUGGUGUGUACAAUUAUGUGGAAUGGGUGGUCUCCAUGGCUGCUCUCAGAAUUGUUUGUGUUGCUUUUGUGCAGUAAAAGAUCACAGUCAUCAUACAGACAGCCCUUUAAAGGGCAUAUAUAUACCACCCUUUAAAAAAAUCAUUUUGCUUCAUUUGUAUUUCAAGAUGAAUUUCUACACAGACAAGUUUUUCUAAAGAUCACGUAUCAAUUAUACAUUUUGAAAAUGACCUGAAAUGUUUUCCUAAAUGUUUUCAGAAAACCAGUUUAUUUUGUAGUUUUAGCCAAAAAGUGCCCUAUUUGUCACUGAAUUCAUCUAGCACUCGUAAUUUUUUUUUUUCCCAUACAAUGAAUGAAUUGCUAAAUAAAUGUAAUUUGGACUGGCUUUCUGAUAUGGGUUUCAGGUGAAAUAUGCUUAAGGCCAGAGCUCUUUCUCAGUAUUUGAUUUUUCCAUUUUUUAAAAAAUAGGUGCUACAUUUAUAUCUGCCUGUUUAAACUGUCAUAUUUCAUUUCUAGCCUUCUAGUGUGGCAAAAUCAUGUUUAACUUUCAAUUAAGCAUUGGUAAUGGAGUAUCUGGUAAUACUAGGAAAUAAUUCUGUAAUUGAGUUUUGUACUCAGCGCAUAUGGAUCAUUCCUCAUCUGUAAUAUGCCCCAGUUGCAGCUUCAUUUUCCAGAUACCUUGAUGCAGAAUAAAGUGUUUCAUCAUUAGGUGCAGCCUGGUGUGUAAUAUGUUUUAUUUUUGCCUUUUUGAAUAAAUGUGAAU